ACCGCGGCUUGUUUCUUACCACAAACGACCGGAGCUUCUCAUCUUCCUUCGCCACGAACUACAUACCCAAAGUCGCCACCCCGCGAGCCCAGAAUGCGGUUCCGUACCCUUGAAAUUCGGUGGCACGACAGCAAGCCCAUCUCGAGCUGCGACUUUCAGCCACGGCGCGCACGCUCAACGCAAGACAAGGGUCAGAACGCGCAGAGCUAUCGACUAGCGACGGCGGGGGAGGAUAAUCACGUCCGGAUAUGGAUGGUCCAUCCGCACCUCCAACCGGCGCAGCCAGCGGGAGCGGGCGGGGGGUCGACGAGCGCCCCGCGCCCGCCUCAUGUGGAGUACCUAGCUACACUGAGCAGGCACUCCGCGGCGGUAAACGUAGUCAGGUUCUCGCCCAACGGCGAACUCAUCGCUUCGGCUGGCGACGAUGGCAUGAUCAUUAUAUGGGCACCCUCGCUCAGCCCCCAGGCAGCGACGUAUGGCAGCGAUCUCAGUCUCGAGGACUUGCAGCACGAGAAGGAGUUCUGGAAGCCACGGACGACCUUCAGGUGCACACAGAUGCAGGUGUAUGACCUGGCGUGGAGUCCCACGGGCGAAUACCUCAUUUCAGGGAGCACAGACAAUGUGGCCCGCGUCUACUCCACCUCAGACGGCAAAUGCGUACACGAGAUUGCCGAACACAAUCACUAUGUCCAGGGUGUCGCCUGGGACCCGCUCAACGAGUACAUCGCUACUCAGAGCAGCGACCGCUCCAUGCACAUCUACAGCAUUACGACUCCGCCGCAGGGCGGCUUCGAAGCUCACGCUAUCGGCAAGAACACCCGCAUGCCUCAUCGCCACACGCGCACGCCCAGCGCCCACGGCAGCUCGCGUCCACCCAUGUUCCGCAGUCAAUCCACGACCAGCGACAUAGAAUCUAUCACGAGCGAACAGCCAAACAAGGACAACGAGCCGGUCAAGGACCCCACACCUCUCACUCCGGCGACCUCGGUAACGAGCACACCAUCCAUGUUCCCGCCGCCCUCCUACGAACGCCCCUCUUCGCGUCGUUCGUCCUUCAGCUCGGCUGCGCCGGGUUCGCCAAGCACCCUGAGCCGGUACGGACGAUCCCCGUCCCCUAUGCCCGCUCUUCCCGCGAUUCGUGCCGCCUCGCCCGCAUGGACGAACGUAAAGCUGUACGGCGACGAGAGCUAUACGAACUUCUUCCGGCGCCUCUCGUUCAGCCCGGACGGCGGUCUACUCCUCACGCCCGCCGGCCAGUUCGAGGAUCCAAGCGUGAAUGCGACGCCUGCUCUAGCCUUGUCCGAGGACGGCACGCCCGCACGUGGGCGCAAAUCGAGGCCGACGAUUACGACCUCGACAGAGCACCCGGGAGGGUCGUCCUCGACGAGCUCGGUGUACAUCUACUCGCGCGCGAAUUUUGCGCGGCCGCCGAUUGCUCAGCUGCCUGGGCAUAAGAAGGCGAGCAUCGCGGUGCGGUUCGUACCACAGGUCUUCGAGUUGAGGCGCGGUGUGACGGGCGCGGAGGUGGAGACUCACAAGGGGGUGCUGGAAGGUGGGCAGCAGAAUAGCAUGGACGUGGACAUCGUGGGUCCCACAGUGUCCUCUUCCGCGGCAGCAGCGGCGACCCUAUCCCCGUCACGACCGUCGACAUCUAAUUUGGUGGUGUCGCCCAUGCCCACGUCAGCUGCGCCGUCGAUAAGCAUGCCAUCACCCGCGCUAUCGGCCGUUGACAUGCGUCCACCAACACCCUUGACCUCGAACCCGCCUUCCCGUAUACCAACGCCGACUCCCCCACCGACUACCGGGAGUGUCUUCGCCCUGCCCUACCGCAUGAUCUAUGCCGUCGUCACGAUGGACACGGUCGCAAUCCACGAUACCCAGCAGGCAGGGCCGAUCGCCAUGCUCACGAAGCUGCACUACGAUGAGUUUACGGACGCGGCAUGGACCUCCGAUGGUCACUGCCUAAUGCUAUCCUCCCGCGAUGGAUACUGCACUAUCAUCGUCUUCGACGAUGUCCCUCCAACGCACCACUCGCCACGCCUGGCGUCUAGGCUGGCCACCUUCGCCAUGCCGAGUGUCGGCCUAGCGCCGUCGCUGACGCCCAGCUCAUCCGCCACCAGCCCCGCGCCUUCGACGAGGAAGCGCGCGGGCCCGCCCACGCCCGCGCAAAGUGUGGACGGGGAUGCGCAAGCGACGAUGGUGUCACCCGAGCGGCCAGCGCCAUCGGGUGACGGCAAGGGUGAGACGAAGGAGCCGCCCAAGAAAAAGCGGCGCAUCCAGCUCACGCACGUCGGCGAGCUGGGGUCGUAGGCCUCCAAGGCUACGUGAGCCAGCUGCUUGCGCACACAGGCUACCUAUGUACACGCUGCGCCUGGUCCGCUAGCAAUGGGCCCGGGUGCACAUGCUUGCGCCUCUCCGGCGCACUCUUGGGGUUGCCGUGCCCAUCCAUGGGAGUGCCGCGCGCAUCCCUCCAUACCUUAUUCGGCUCUAAUAUGUUUGAUGACUUGGUUCCUGCUCUGUGUUUUGCGCCGUCCACUAUAGGAGCGUCAUGUAAUUGUAUAACUCCUGCUGACGAUCCAUCUAUAUAUUCGUCUCCUGUCGUGGAUUCAACCCAUUUCCUUGGA